GCUAUCAUUCAGCCCUGCUAACAUUAGCGAAAUGUCAGACCUGUUGGUAGUUUGUGCUUGGACAUGUAGGUUAAGUUAGUAGUUUGCCGGCGGUACUCUCUUGUUUUAAUAUCGUAACGCUAGCUUAAAGUUGUGUAUUCAUGCAGUGUGUCGGUGUUGGCUUACUUUUAGUUAUUCAUUAGCAUUAGCACAUUAUAGCGGCAAGCUGGGCCGCGGUUCUCUUCAGACUACGUUACUUCGGGCGCGCGCAUUUAUACACGAGUGGUUGUUCGCAGUAUGCCUGUCGGCGCGAAUAGUUCAUGCGGUCACAGCCACGGGUGAUGUAGGAGGUAAAGUUUAGCUGUGGUGGCUCCAGGAAGCAUGCAUUUACUGCCGCUUGCAUUGCUUUCAAUGUACAUGACGUUAAGAAGGCGAGGAGAAAGGGUGCGUGCAGCGCUCGUACACGCACGGAUCAGCCGUGUGAGAGGGAGAUGGUGUGCGGCAGAAAAUCAAAAUUAGAAAUCAUAGAAGAAAGUAUUACGCUAUUGAACACAGAAAAUACAGCCAUCAGAUUUCUUGUAGACCUAGCACACUUCUGGUCUGUGUCUGAAUACAUAUAUAAGUACAUAGAUGCAGAUGAACACUGUAAACAUGAUGAAAGAUCGACAGACUAACUCGAACAUAUCUUUAAUCUUUAGGACUUUGGGUAGCGCUUCCUUUCCUUCCUGUCAACCUCUCCAGAGGGGUGUCUGCUGAUGGCAGAAAGAUUACAUCACCUCUGGUUGGAACCCUGGACAGUGCCACAACCUUUGGCUUGGUGUCCAAUGUGAUGCCCCAUCGCCACCUUCUGACCUAUUUUCUUCUCCGCUCUGUGACUACUUCAAGAGGGGCAUUCCUGUGUGGAGGCGUGCCAGGCAGCUCGUUUUACCUGUGAACUUGCGUACUUUCACUUCAUCAACAACAAAGACCACCAUGGCUGGUUCAACACCUGCAAGACUGAAGGUGAUUUUAGGAGAGAACAACAUUGAAAAGCUGACUCUUCCAAAUGGCAUCCCAGAGUCACUUGAAGACCUUCUCAGCACGAUAAAGACUACCUUUGGGUUAAAAGGUAACUUCAGACUGCAAUACAUGGACCAAGACUUUGGCAACGACUUCUUCAAUCUGAAUUCUACCACCGAACUUCGGAAUUUGGGGACAAUCAAAGUGAUCCACCAGCAAACAAAUCCACCUUUGAUCAGUGCCGAUCAGUCCACUUCCUCUCUGUCUCUUUCAUUUGAGUCUGAUGACGGUAUUUCGGUGGCAUCAAAUGACACAAUUAUCCUCUCAUCCCCUGAAUCUAUGUCAUCUCGAACACAACAGUGGCCAGAAGACUUUGCAAUUCCCCAAUUUUCAUAUGACACAGAGCUACAGCUAGAGAGGGGGAAUAUUGAGUACCGUGUGAGCCAAAAAAUGUUGACUUUAAGCGCCCGAAUGCUGUCUGAUAUCCUGAAAAGAGUUGCAGAAGAAAUUUACCGUUACAAGGCCUAUCCAGAGGAUGCACAUUUCUGCGCAGCUGCAGAGGCCCUUAUCAAAAAGCACCCAUGUUUGAAAGAACCUGGAUCAUUCAGUGGCUGCUACGGUUGGAAACAACGACUGAAGUACAAAAUGGCAAACUACAGGACCCAGCUCAAAUUACAGGGGUGUCCAGAGCUGUGUGUAAACUCACUGAAAUCUAAAGCUACUACAGAUGCUUUCCCUGCUAAAAAAGUGAAGAAGCCAAAACGUUCUGAAGCUAACUUUUAUCCAUCCUUUCCUACUGGUGAGACUCUGGACAGCAUGGAAAAAGUGAGACUAGAACUUCUGACAGAGAUCGGGAUAAGGGACAAUGAAAGGGUCAUCGCAGACAAAAUGGCUAACACGUUUGCCUACAGACGACAUGAGGUGGUAAACCAAGAACCAAGCAUUCAGGAACUGAAGGACAGAUGGCCUGCACUCUUCACACAGAGAUAAAUACAGAGUUCCAGAGGCUCAUGGCUGUUCCUCUUGAGUGGAAGUUCAUGGCCCAGUUAGACAUGCACUCAAGUCAGCUGAUCAAAGUCAUACGUGCCAAAGGAGGAGCAACACGCCAAAAGAUUGCGAACAUCAUGGACACAUUGGACCAGACUGUGGACAUUAAUCAUCGGAGGGAAUGUGUGCUGAAAGCCCUCACCAUCUUCCUGGGAGAAGAUGCAGAUGGCCUGAUCAAGGAAUACCUUGACUGUGGAGCAGAUGAUGUUCAGAGGGACCUGGAGGAGGUCACCAUGGCAGUGUAUGUGAUUCGGAAGGAGGGGGAGGGACUGCAGGAGCCACCUGAAGACAUUGGCAUUGUCAUUGAGGGUGUGGAAGUGUUGCAUGAACUAACUUCGGUUGCCUCAGCUUGUGCCCUGCUUCUAGGUUUGAUCUAUGCACUCAACCUAGCUUAUCCAAAACCCUUUCGCUUCACUUUUGAAGUGCUCCAAAAAAUCUUCAUGCAGCUUGAUCAGCACAAGAUGUCCCCCAAAGUCCAAAAUCUGUAUAUCAAACUUCAAAGCUCCCAGUAAUGGCACAGAACAAUGACCAACAAAUGGCCUUGUGCCAUAAUGCGAAGGAACAACUGUGUUUGGACAUAUAGCAUGUAAAAUAUGUAGUCUCUUUUGGAUGUUGGGCCUUUUUUAUGCUCCAAGAGACCUCAAACCACAAUUUAAUGUGCUUUUAUACAUACUU